AGGAAUCUGCUAUUUGUUUAUCUCGUCUCACUACUGAAGCAACAGAAGGAUUUCAAGUUCUCUCUCCUGAAAACCAAACUAAUUACUUUAAUUCUUUAUUAAAAGACAUUGCUAAAAAAUUACCUGUCAGAUAUGAACGUCUAACAACAGAUGGAAAUUUUCAGUUUGUUUAUUCUAGUAGAUCUAAUACAAAUAUUGAAUUUGCUAUUAGAGUUUAUUUUGGUGUUUCUUAUGAUCUUUUCAAGAAAUUUGCCAAUGUAAUUUCAGGUGGAUCAUUCGUUAUUUCUCAUUCUACUUUUGUGACUCAAUUUACUUUUUCUGACGCUGAUAGUAGACCAGAAAUCAGCUUGGCAAGAGUAGAAGAAAUGUUUGGAAAAGAUUUUGCUGCAACUGCUCCUUAUAGAGCGAUUGCCGAUCUUUUUGUUAAGAAUUUUCCUUUAUUAAUUAUUCAAGUAACAUUGGUUACAACUUGUUUUAAAAUUAUUCUUAGCGUUAUUCAAAGUAUUCUCAAAAUACUUGAUAAUAGAAAACAAAAAGUUGAAAGAGAAAAAGAUGAAAAUGUAAAUGCAGGAAGUGAUGAGAAUAGUAAUGUAGAAAAUGUAGAAAAUGUAGAAAAGUGA